AAUUUCUCUCUAGAAUUAUGCCAAGGCUUCAUGUGUGAAACGAGCAGGCAGUGUAUAGCCAUGGAUAAGGCAUGUGAUGGUGUGGUUGACUGCCAGUUUGGCGAGGAUGAAAUUAACUGCAUUGGCCUUGUAUCUGCGGUUCGCCCCCCUACGUUGAGUGGGUUGCUGGACCUGUCAGAGCAGCGGAGUCCCAUUGGGAGUUGAUGCGUAAAGAAGGCAUUUCAUGGAGGCCAGUUUGUCUGGAAGGUGUUGCUACCGAACUGGUUAAAGAAAUAUGCCGUAUCUCGGAUACAGUUCUGACCCGAUAGAAACCAGCCAUAACACCACGGAUCCCAUAGAUAUUCUCUAUGAAAGCGAAACGAGGUGGCCACGCACCAAUCGAAGCACAGUCAACUUUCCGAGGAAUCUGAGAGAUGAACUUCCUUACUGGCGGGAUGAAGCCGAGGCGCUAGACCAGGCCGUUGAUCAGGGAGGCAGCCAUGGCUUUCUAAGGUUCUUACAGGAUGUUAUUCAAAGAGGAGGAUCUAAUGGCUGCAAGAGUGAAGUUAGAUGUGGCGAGGAACUGUGCGGGUUUGUUCCUCGCUUCUUGUUCACACAGGACAUUCCUGUUCUGGAAGCUUGGUGGUGUGCCAUGGGCAGGAGCGGUUUAUGUGAACGGCCCAUUAUAAAUUUUGAGCUACCCUUGUCCAGCCUUCCUGGGUUAAAACCUGGGUUGAUUGCAUGUCUCAAAUUUGACCUCACCAAGUCUCGGGUGGCUGUUGUAAUGGGCUCCUGGAGGAAAACCGGGAAUCCAACCCGUUUGGUGUGCUUAUGA